AUGGAAAUACCGAUAAUGACAAACACUGAUCAAUUCCAAGAACUCAUCACUUGUGUGAUUUGUCACGAACGUUACAAAGACCCACGAAUUCUUCCAUGUUCACAUACAUUUUGCUACAAAUGCAUUCAAAAGUCAAUGCAAGAUGGCAAAUUUACUUGUCCAUUACAAGAUGAGCAAAUAAUCGAGCAAAAUGAUAUCGACAAUUUACCAACAAACCGAACGGCGAAAGAGAUGGUCGAUUUUGUGUUGCAUAUCAACCCAUCACUCGAUAAAAAAGCUUACCUUCCCUGUGAGAACUGUAAUGAGCUGCAAGCGUGGAAUUGGUGCGAAAAAUGUGGCACAAAUCUUUGCGAAACCUGCACUCAAUCUGUUCAUAUGAUUAAAAUUUUUCAAUCUCACGUCAUUGUGCCUCUCGCCAGCAAAGUCCUUUCCUUCUGCUCGGAACAUUCCGAGGAAAAGUUUAAAUAUUGGUGUACACAAUGCAAUACUCUCGUAUGUCGUGAUUGUUUGCUAUUCAAACACAAAGAUCACACGUUUCUCCCGACGAAAGACGCAGCUGAUGAAGUAACGGCGAAUUUCGAAAAGCUCAUGCAAGAAGUGAACGGAAUGAAACGAAAUCUUAUGCAGUUUUCUACAACAAUGAAAAAUGCGAUCGAACGACAACGAGAGGUAGUUCGUCAUGAAAUGCAAGAAGCCGCGCACUUGUUCGCUAAUCUACAGCGCUUGUUAGAAGAACGAAAAUGUGCGUUGAUCAAGGAACUAGAAGACCGACAAGUCGAGACGAUGAAAAUCUUGGCCCAGCAGCAAAUGAAAGUCGAUGAACAUUUAAAACUGACGACAGUUCAGGAAUUUUGUAUUCGAAAGAUGUUAGAUUCAUCUGAUCCAAUUCAAAUCUUAAAAUUCAAAUCAACAUUAGCUCAGAAUUAUCAAGAAUUCAGUGACCAAUAUCACAGAAUCGAUGAAGGUUGUAUUAUCCAACGACACAUGUUCAAACGAGAUGAUAAAGAUUUAGAACACUUAGCUGACAUGAUUCUACGCUUAGGGAAUAUUAAAAGUAAAUCAUAUGUCGUGAAAAAAGAUGGAGUUACUGUGAAAACUAUACCGUUGGAUCUCUCGAAGAUCAGUGAUAAUCGCACUGAUGUGAUUUCGAAAGAACAGAAUAUCGCUCGAGGUUAUAAACUUUUGUUAAAACAACCGAUGAAACUUCGAUCGAUCCGCGUACAUUCAGAUCAUAUAGGACAACUCGUUGGCUUUAUCGUCGAUGAAAAUAAUAAUCUUGUUCAAAAGGGAGUUAUCAAUUCAGUCAAUAGUAUGAUGAAAUGGGUAACAAUUCCAGUCGAAUGUGAGCUUAAAAAUAACUAUGGUGUGUUGGUUUUACCUCCGUCAAAUAAUGGUUCGUAUACGUAUAAAAAUGGAGAUAAUCAAUUUCGGAAAGUGAACGAAAAUUGUUCAGUAAAAAGUAGACUAUGCAGUGUAGCGAAUCAACUCAUUCUCGGCUCACCAUUGACUGUGAUUAACAACACACAUUCGAUUAGUAUGAUUAUAGAUGUAGAAGAGUGA